CGUGUCUAAUCACUAGACGUCAAGUUACGACAAUUCGUAGUCAUCAGUUCUCAGUAUUUUGAAGUGAACAAGUGAUGAAUUGUGAAGAAAGGAGUCGCCAUGGAGGGAGUUCUUUAUAAAUGGACCAAUUAUAUAAGUGGUUGGCAGCCACGCUGGUUUGUGUUAGCUGGAGGUACUCUUUCAUAUUAUGAUUCCCAGGAAGAUGCCUGGAAAGGAUGCAAGGGCAGCAUCAAGAUUUCAGUCUGUGAAAUACAAGUGCACCCAUCAGAUUUCACAAGAGUUGAUCUGACUAUACCAGGAGAACAAUACUUUUACCUCAGGGCCAUCAAUGCAGCAGAGAGACAGAAAUGGCUGGUAGCUUUAGGAACUGCCAAAGCCUGUCUGACGGACAACCGGACCAAGAAAGAGAAGGAAAUCCAGGAAAAUGCUGAGGCAUUGAAAACCAAGAUGUCUGAACUGAGGCUAUACUGUGACCUUCUUCUUGAACAGGUGAACAAACUCAAGGAGAGUCCUUUGGUUGUGGGGGCAGCCGGCUCGGAAGAGGCAAGGGAAGAUUCAGGUAGUCUGGUGAAGUCCACAUGUGCCACAUUUCUGAAGACGCUGGAGGAGUGCAUGCAGAUAGCCAGCCGAACAUUCAGUCCAGACCUACAGAACCUCAGCCCAGCAGAGCUGCCAUCUGUUGCUGCCAUUAAACCUCACAAGAUCAAAGCUUCUAACCAAAAAAGUCAUCAUUUGGAAGAAAAACAGAGGCACUCAGUAAAUAGCUCAUCUAUUGCAUUACUACCUAAGAAUGUGAACUUGUUGCCAGAUGGAGAACCCCCUCCAUUACCACCAGGAAAAAUGGCAGAAACUUCAACAGAGAACUGUUUAGUGGAGGAACAACGUGAAGCCGAGCUGGACGUACGGAGUGCAUCUCACCCAAACAUUCAGGAUCCUCCCACAGGGGAGGCAGGAGAAGACAUGCGUCCAGAAGUAACUCACACAUUAGAGAAGCAACAGGAACAGCAACUCACCACCCUGGAAAGCCAACAGGCUGACCCAGAUGUGCAUGAGCUUGACUCAGAGUGUAAACUGGAAAACGAAGAUCAGGUGGAAACAUUCUUCAGUAAUAUGAGCCACAGAUUUAGUGAUAUAAGCCUGGAGGACGACAGUGGUAUCCCCACACAAGCCUUUUUGGACUCUUGCUAUGCUAUAGUGCCAGUAUUAGACAAGCUGGGACCAACAGUCUUCGCUCCAGUUAAAAUAGAUUUUGUGGGCAACAUUAAGAAAGUGCAGCAGAAGUUACAGUCCGACCCAGACAACUUCCCCACUCUGCAGAGUAUUGUGCUCCACGAAGUGCAGAUGCAAGUGGCGCAGGUGCGGAACUCGGCCACCGAGGCUCUGCUGUGGCUUAAACGAGGAUUAAAAUUCCUCAAAGAGUUCCUCUCCGAGGUGGAUGCUGGGGAGCAGGACAUCCAUGCAGCUUUGAACAAUGCCUAUGGAAAGACAUUACGCCAGUAUCACGGAUGGGUGGUGCGUGGAGUCUUUGCUCUGGCACUGAGGGCUGCUCCUUCCUAUGAUGGCUUCAUGGCAGCAUUGGUGUGCCAUGAGGGAGAUGAGCUGAGGGAGAGUUUUAUGUCAGGAAUGCACCGUGAUCUUGCCGUCUACCUGCCAGCCAUGGAGAAGCAGCUGGCCAUCCUGGAUGCUCUGUAUGAGGAGUAUGGAUUGGAGUCAGAUGAGGUGGUGUGAGACAUUUGCAGAUAAAGACAGAACUCACUCUCUGGCUGCAGUGAGUGUACUGUAGUGUGUUCGAGCUUGAUUAAUGAAUACUGUUACUGCUGAAGGCAGACUUGGUCUGUAUGGGCAGAUGAAGCAUUGUGGCACACUGGAUUUGUACAGCUAGCAUUAGCGCUCUGAUGGUGCAGCCACCUGCAUGCUUAAUAAUGGGCCAAAAAUGUACAUUUUAAAGCCUGUAAAGGUUUUUUCAGGGAACAAGCAUUUUGUUGAUGGGUUGCAGGGUGGAUGCUAAGUGUUUUCUGGCACCCGGUGAAUUCUUUUCUAGUCAAAACGUGCCCCUUAAAAAAAACACCUCACAAUGUAGGUUUUUAUGUAUUAACACACACAUCUGUGGUAAAUAUGUAAACUGUCAGUAGGUAUACAAGACACAGUAUUUGCAUUUGUCUGCUGCUUGUGCAAUUUUACCUUCAUACACUCUGGUAUAUAAGAUAUUCAUUUAAUCUCAUUGGGAGCCAGUUAGAAAUUACAACCCAGGCCAUAGGCAAGCACAAAGGAUACCUAUUUGUCCGGUUUCAUCGAUGAUAAAAAAAAAAGACCUGACAUUACUUGUGUUUAACAUGCAUGAAAAUGAAGGUAGACAAUUAUUAGGCUGGUUAGUUGAACUGAAUAUCUUUUAUAGUGCCAGGGCAUAAACUACAGUACAUAGGAGAAAAUGAAGGAAAAGAAUUAUUUAAAAUAUCUUCAAAUAUUUUGUAUUUAGCACAAUUCAUAUUUUUUAUUUAUAAAUGACAAAUUUGUACUUUUUUUAAAUAAUUGUAUUUAUUAAGUAACAAUUGUAAAAAUAGAUUUAGUUUUACUUGUUAAUGUAGCCAAAUGAACAAUACUGAUCUGUGCGUGUUGUAUUACAUGGGUUUUGUUAAUUUUUUUGUUAACAAUAAUAAUAGCAAUCACAACCAAAAUAAUUUGUUGAAUCUACAAGCUUCUCAAUCUCACUACGUGUCAUAUGUUACACUUGACGUUAGCUACUGUUAUGGCUGUGCAAAGCCAAACUAAACACAGAAAUACACUAAUGAUCCAAAUUGUAUAUUGUAACUAAUAUUGAUGACUUUCACGUCACUGUUUCACAAGUUUUUUUUUUUGUUUUUUGUUUUUUUGUAUUUCGUAUUAUAAGUAAUAUUUUGUUUACAAUUAAGAACUGUUCCGUUUAUUCACUUUGAUCCUGAAAAACAUUUUAAAGCCUUGUAUUACAGAUGCCAUACAUCUGCGUAUUCCAAAUAUGGCAGAUUUUUUUUUAAGUUUAAUUUUAUGGUGACAAUUUUAGACACAUUUAAUAUCCUGAAACGAUGAUCUUCUCUAGGUGACUUUAUCUCUUACUGUACAUAGUACAGUAAUAUAUACAUAUAUGUAUGGCAUUUGUGCUAUUCUCAGACGUUCCUGAUGGCAAUUUGUUUUGUACUAUGCACUUUUGUGCCUCUAAUGUCAUGCCAUCUCUUUCUUGUAUGACCUAUUCUGACAUUAGAGGGGAAAGGCUGGCUGUGUAUAUAAUUGAUAUGUCUAGGUAUAUCUAAUUAAAUGCAUAUAUCAAACCGAAAUUAUACAAAAUUGAAGAAUGUGAUGCAGUGCAUCUAUCUGACUUUGAUAUAAUGAGAUUUCUAAUGAACAAUGAUCAUAAACAA